AUGCCAGCUCUAGAGUGGAAAUCAGUAAAUGUAGCUGAUAUUCCUUUCGAGGAAGUAGAACUCAUUAACCACUUGGUGAAGACAAACAUCCGUGCCCCCCUUCCCACUGAAUGGGUCGACAGUCUGUCAGCGGAGCAGCUUCUUCUCGUCGUGGCAUCUUAUUACUCAUACUCUCACAUUGCAAACGCAUACACCUCUUGGCGAACGUUCAAUCCAGAGGGGUUUCCCCAUCGGGAUAUCGACCCAUUCGACAUGAUGGAUCGUAUGUUGAUUAUCUUCGAAGACCACAAAGAGUGCUGGCCGACUGUAAGGCGCGAGAGACUCCCGGCAGAGCGACUGAAGAUGCUGGAAGAAGAAAUGGAAGAAGCAUUUGUUGGUCCCAAGUUCUUUGAAAUUGAACUGGAGGAACUUGAACGGGCAAAGAAGAGUUCCGAGCUCUCCGAAGUCGGACCAGACCCAUCCGACAAGGAAGAGAAGAGCUGGAGCUGCUCUGUGCAGUAG